CGUAUACAUUGUUUGCGAAUAUUGCGAUCUUCCGUAACCCCGUAACAAAGAAGAUCAGACAGUAACGAACAACGAACUCAGCCAUUCUCUAUUGUGGGAAAGUCUCUCGUCUGCUCACAAGAACCUGAUCAGUAGGGCUGCAUCAUCCGCCACCAAGUGUACUAACUGCUGAAGCACGUUGCAGCUGGAAAUAUAGAAAGAGACCAAAUCUGAAACACAAAAUAUAAUUUCCAAGUCAACAUUGAUCCACAGUUACCGCUUCGGCUCGCGACCAUUACCGUACCGCUUCGGCUCGCCUCGCGACCAUUACCGUUGUCUCAGCAGAUGUACAAAGUUUUGUGCACGUGGUAGUAGGACUUUCAAGAAACAUUCGCAAACGGCGAACAGUACACUGUUUUAUAGAUUUGGAACGAGAGAAAGCUUCACGAAAAACAAUGAUCGUUGGCGAAGAAACAAAGCAGGAAGCUAAUACCAAAUCGAAGCACAAUGUCAGAAUUGCGCGGAACGAGAAAUCGCCCUAUUGCUUCUGUAAUUGGCCGAUUGAACUCGCAACCGAUGUGCGGCUGAAGAUGUGCGAGGGGAAAAUCAUAUGCCCUGAACAUUUUCCGAGGUUAUAUAAAGGUGUAUUCACGACGAAUACUGAACGGAGUCAGACGAACAAAACAACCUUUCAAACACCAGCUGGUCCAACGCACACUUCGAUAGAACAUAAGGAUUCAUUACCGUUGAAAAAAGAACAAGAAAAAAAGAAUGUGCGAUCGAAUCUUACCGCUGAAUACAAAGUCGUUAAUCCUCGUUACCGGUACGACCAUCGCGACAGCGGUUACAAAGACGGGACGAACCACAAUCGCGAGUGGUUUCGCAGCAGCGGGCCGUUGAUGCCAGACGACGCGGAAAAUAUGAUUAGAACGAUCGAGGGAAUUCGCGACCCGGCAACGAUUUCCCUCUUCCAGCGUUUCUUCGAGCGGCCAUUCCCGCCGGAAGAGAGAAGAAAUGUCUGCUUUAAGUGCAACGAACGCGGUCACAAAAGUGGCGACUGUAAUCAUCCACGACCUCCGUAUCGCGUAUGCUAUAAUUGUGGGGAAAGAAAUUACACUCUGCGUACAUGCUUCCGGUGCGCAUUGUGGUACAUUGCCACCGGGGGUUCAAACAACGCCCGAACUCGUGACCCUAAAUUUUGUUUAAACCAAUUAAUUAACUAUUUCUGUGUUAAUUCACGGUAAUUUUUAAGUUCUUUUAAAUACCGGUAAAAACAAAGCAGCAUCGAAGUGCGUUAAAAAUGUUUAUUGUCGUUAUUAAUGUAUUAUAUUUUUUUCUAUUUUCACCUCUGAUUUUUCAAAACUAGUACUGCUACAAAACAUGUCAAACAAACCGGUAAUAAGACGAAAAGAAAUAAUUUUAUUUUAAAAUUAUAUAGACUCACAAAUUUACCGGUAGGCAUAUGACCAUAGAAAACAUUUUUUUUUAUAGAGUCUUUUCAUUUAAAAU